GGUGGACUAUUUGUUGAGUUUUUCAUCGUUUACUAUUUUUUGAUUUUUGCAAAUAUCAAUAUAGGUUAGAAAAAUAUUAGCGAUUGUCACGACCGCUACAGUCCACUUCACAACUUUAUUUUUUUUAUCUACAGCAGAUAGAAAGCUUCUUCAUAAGUUUAUGUUUGUCUAACCUCAUUCUAAUCAGUGUUGUCUAUAUCAAUGGCCAGCUAGUGUUUACUGUCACACGACAAACGUCAUUCUAAUUAUUCUUAAAUAUCUUUGGUAUUUGUUUGAUUAAAUAAUAAUUUACAAAAUGCAUGAUGCUUAUGAAGCAAGUCCUAUUUUAAAAUUAACUGUACAAAUAGAGUCUAUGGCUGCUUAUGAUGAUAAUUUAUUAAUUGGAACCCGAGAAGGCCAUCUAUUAAUUUAUAAUGUUCCUCUUAAAUCUAAUGAAUAUGGGAAACUAGAAUUAUUAAGAUAUAGUAAACAUUUCAGUAAAAAGAGAAUUUUACAAGUUGAUGUUGUACCCGAAUAUAAUUUGCUUAUCCUUUUGACAGAUGAUAUAAUCUGUGUUCACGAUUUGAAUUCUGUAAAUAUACAACAAAUUAGUCAACUUCCCAAGACUAAAGGAGCAACAUUAUUUGCACUCGAUGUCCAAAGAGCCGGAAGCUUAACUGGAGUACGAUUAUGUGUAGCUGUGAAACGAAAGCUUCAAUUAUAUUAUUGGAAGGCCAAUAACAAUCAAUUUGAAGAUUUAGGAGAUCCUCCAAGAAAUGAAAUAUCAUUACCUGAUGUUCCAAGAGAACUAGCUUGGUGUGGUGAAACAUUAGUUGUAGGUUUCCAUGGUAUAUCAUAUACUUUAAUAAAUUUAGAUCGUAAGACGAAAGAAUUAUUUCCCACUGGAAAACCACCAAAACCAAGUAUUACAAAAUUAUCAGAUAAUUCUUUUGCUUUGGGUAAAGAUUGUCAAAGUAUUAUCAUGAAUACAUCUGGAGACUUGAUACAAAAUAAUCCCAUUAAAUGGUCUGAUUCUCCAACUGCUACAGCGUGGGAUGAUCCGUAUUUAUUAGGAAUAGUGCAUGAUACUUUAGAAGUCUAUACAUUGGAAGGUUCAUUACAUAUUCAAACAAUACCAGAUUUCAAUAAAGCACGUUUAUUAUGUCGAUGUAAACAAGGUAGAGUUUAUGUAGCAUCGAUCAGUCAAGUUUGGAACGUUAGUUCAGUGAAUGUUGAACAACAGAUAAGAAAAUUACUCGAACAAAAUCAAUUUCAAUUGGCUUUGAAGCUUACGAAUCUAUCAGACGCUACAGAAGAAGAAAAAGCAAAAAGAACGUGUAAAAUACAAACACUUUACGCGCAUCAUUUAUUUUGCAAUAAAAAAUUCACAGAAGCAAUGAGUCAGUUUCAAGAAUUAGAAACUGAUCCAUAUGAAGUGAUUCGACUAUUUCCGCAUUUAGUAUCCCAAUCAGGCAAUGUAAAUGAUGUUAAUGAACCGAUUACUGGUUUACCUAAACUUCAAGACCGGGAUCUUGAAAAUGGUUUGCUUGCUUUAAUUGGUUUCUUGACCGAAGUUCGUCAUAAAUUGAUGGCAGGAACUGAUUCAAAAGAUAAUAAAGAUAGUAAAAAUAAUAAAAAUAAAGAUAAGGAUAAAAAAAACGUAACUGCUACAGAACAGUUACUGAAAAUAAUAGACACAACUUUACUCAAAUGUUAUUUACAGACAAAUGAUGCACUAGUAGCCCCACUUCUUCGAUUAAAUCAUUGUCAUUUAGCUGAGGCUGAAAAAACCCUUCUAAUGCAUCAAAAAUAUCCUGAAUUAAUCAUCUUAUAUCAAACCAAAGGACAACAUAAAAAAGCCUUAGAAUUACUUGAAAAGCAAUCGAAACAGAGCGAUUCUAGUCUGAAGGGAACAGAAAGGACAAUUCAAUAUCUCCAGCAUUUAGGAAAAGAACACAUGGACACAAUUCUCAAAUUCGCUAGUUGGGUAUUAGAGCAAGAUCCAGAACAGGGAUUACGUAUUUUCAUGGAAGAUAUUCAGGAAGUAGAGCAGCUGCCAAGGCCGAAAGUUUUAGAUUAUCUACUACGUUGUCAUAAAGAUCUAGUGAUAACUUAUUUAGAAUAUGUUGUACGUGUUUGGGAAGACAAAAACCCUUUAUUUCACGAUGUUUUAGUUCAUCAGUACAAAGAAAAAUGCUUGGCAGCAAUGAGCCCUACAGCAACACCUGCUGAAAAACAAAAUGGAGAACAUAUUAGACAGAAAUUGCAACAAUUUUUAGAGAAAUCGGUUCACUACACUGCUGAAACGGUGCUUAUUCAAUUUCCUUCUGAUUGUUUGUAUGAAGAACGUGCAAUCAUUCUUGGUCGAUUAGGUCGGCAUCAUCAAGCAAUAUCUAUUUACGUAAAUCUACUCAAUGACGUGCCAAAGGCGAUUCAGUAUUGUAACAAUGUCUAUGCAAGAUAUGAGGGUCACAAAAAUGAAGAAAAUGGCAAGUGUGAAGAUGGUGCUGAUGAAGUUUACGUGACGCUCAUUCAACAACUUCUGAAGCCUGUUUCUCUUUUUGGAAACGAUACAUCAGAAGUACAUAGAGCAGCUCAACCAGAUUUGGAAACAGCUUUAGAGUUACUAGAACAAUAUGCUUCUAAAAUUAAUCCAUUAAAAGCAUUAGAAGUUUUACCAGACAAUGUUCCUAUAGGUCGAAUACGAUACUUUUUAGAAGCUAGUCUUCAAAAUCAAUUAAAUGAAAGGCGUAAAAUGCAAGUUUUAAAAGGAUUACUACAUGCUGAGCAUCUCCAAGUUCAAGAACAAAGGAUGUAUCAUGAAUCGCAAAGUGUGCUGAUGACAGAAUUUAAUAUUUGUUCUGUUUGCAAAAAGAGAUUUGGCAAUCAAAGUGCUUUUGCAAGGCAUCCUAAUGGUGAGAUUGUACAUUAUUCUUGUCAAGAACGUAAAGCAUGAAGACAGUAAACAACUUUAAUUACCGUGAUAUCUUUUACUACCUUACAAUAUGCUGAACCUAUUAAUUAGAGUAUCUAUUUAUCAGAAAUUUUUUUAUAAGCUUAAAAAUAAAAAAAGUUUAUCUUAAA